AUGCUGGCCCUCAUCGUCGCGCUUACGCUCGUCUUCGGCGCCUUGUUCGCGCACAUCCUCUACCAGUGCCAUCUCCAUCCGCUGGCCGCGUAUCCCGGUCCAUGGCUGGCUCGAGUGACCAAUUUCUGGCGAUUAGCUACUUUUCUCUCCGGCGAUCACCAUCUUCGCGAACUUGAAUUGCAUCGACGCUACGGUCGGAUUGUUCGCGUGGGCCCGAAUUGGCUGUCAUUCUCCAAUCUGGCCGACUUUGAAGCUAUCUACGGCUUCAAUCACCACAUCGAGAAAGAUGAUUUUUACAAUUUCGGUCGUGGGAGUAAGGGAACUUCGAGUUUGUUUACGGCGCAGACUACGAGUCAGCAUCGCGAGAGAAGGAAGAAAGUUGUUACACCAGCCCUAACGCAUGCGAAAGUUGCCGGAUAUGCGGAUGUGGUACACAAGCAUGCUGCAGUGUUACUCACUCGGGUGGAGGAGUUGAAUCUGCAGUCUACUAGUGAAGGAGACGAGAGGCAGCCAAUCAAUAUAGCGCGAACCCUCCAUCGUUAUACAAUUGAUGCCGCACUCGAGAUUAUCUAUGGCCCUGUAGUCUGUCCUGAACCAUUAACCGAUAUGCCAGCGACGGCUGGAUUCCCGGAAGCGAUUAAAAAAGUAACAAAGAUGGCCUGGGCUGCGUCUUUGGUACCUGCCAUCGGCCGGCUCAUGUCUACUCGGCCUAUCAUGGCAUUGGUCGGCCGCAUGGAAGGGAUGGGUCAAACAGCCAAAGCAACAGCUGUCCCAGCAGUGGCGUCAAUGAGUGCCAAAUUGAUUUUCAGCCAACGAGAGCUGAUCUCAAAGUCGCAGCAGAAUAGCAUUCUCAAGCACUGGGUUGACCUUCCAUCGGAAGAUAGUCGAAAGAUGGCGCCCCCAGAAUUAUGGAGCGACACAUUCAACCUGGUUCUUGCGGGAACUGGAAGCACCGCUGCAGCUCUCACAGCACUUAUAUACAGGCUCGGUCUCGGUGCUGGGAAACCAUGGCAGGCCAAAAUUCAUGCAGAGAUUGAAGCUGGGGGAGAAGGGUUACCUUCAUCCUCGUCGUUUCCGACCUUGUUUGCGGUCAUCAAAGAAACUCUCCGGCUCGAUGCCCCCUUCCCAACCGCGUUCCCCCGGACAAUUAGACCCGGCGCAGAAACUGCGAUACCAAAUUUACCCACAGCGCUUCCUGCCGGGACAAUGGUCUCUGCCAACACAUUUGUGCUCGGCCGCUCGCGCACAAUCUGGGGAGAAGAUGCAGAAGAGUGGAAGCCUCAGCGAUGGCUCGGAACGAGUAACGCAGAGGAACAACAAGAGCUUGAAGACCGGUUUGUUGCUUUCAGCAAAGGCUCUCGACAGUGCGUGGGUAAAGACUUGGCCCUCCUGAUGGUUGCGAGUGCGGCGAGUGCAGUGAUCCGGAAAUGGGACUUUAGCAGUGUUGGGCAGCUCAAGGGAGGCAGUUUCCUGGAGAUGUCGUAUGAAGAAUGCUGGAUCAGCUUGGAUGAGGUUUGA